AUGGUUCUUGGGGCGUUGGCAAGUCAAGUCGCCUCGACGCCAUGGAGCUUCCUCAUCUGCAGCCUCCUGGGCGCCCUGCUCCUGCGGCAGACCGCCCGGCUGCUGGAGCGGCUGUGGUGGGGGCCGCGGCGCCUCGAGCGGGCGCUGCGCGCGCAGGGCCUCCGCGGCACGCCGUACCGCUUCCUCACCGGCGACCUCAAGGAGUACGGCCGGUCCAACAGGGAGGCCUGGUCCAGGCCCCUGCCGCUGCGGUGCCACGACAUCGCCGCCCGUGUCGCGCCGUUCAUCCACGGCGCCGUCAGGGAGCACGGCAGCAUGUGCUUCACGUGGUUCGGCCCGAUGCCCCGGGUGACCAUCACCGACCCGGCCCUGGCGAGGGACGUCAUGUCCAACAAGUUCGGCCACUUCGAGAAGCCCAAGUUCCCGGCGCUGUCCAAGCUGUUCGCCGACGGUGUGGCCAACUACGAGGGCGAGAAAUGGGUGAAGCACAGGAGGAUCCUCAACCCCGCGUUCCAUCUCGAGAAGCUCAAGCUUAUGCUGCCGGCAUUUUCUGCGUGCUGUGAAGAGCUUGUCAGCAGAUGGGCGCAGUCCCUUGGCCCUGACGGCUGCUGCGAGCUGGAUGUUGACCCGGAGCUUCAGACCCUCACCGGAGAUGUCAUCUCUCGCACCGCAUUCGGCAGCAGCUACCUUGAAGGAAGGAAGAUUUUCCAGCUGCAGAAAGAGCAAGCUGAACGCCUCAUGUCCAUCAUUCAGAAGUUUGCCAUUCCGGGAUACAUGUCCUUGCCUACCAAAAACAACCGAAGGAUGCGCCAAAUCAAGAACGAGGUCGAAACAAUUCUCCGGGGCCUGAUUUGUAAAAGAAUGCAAGCCAUGAAACAAGGUGAACCCACUAAAGAUAACUUGCUGGGCAUAUUGCUGGAGUCAAACAUUAGGGACACGGACGAGAACGGCCAGUCCAGCCUAGGGAUGACGAUCGAAGACGUCAUGGAGGAGUGCAAGCUGUUCUACUUCGCGGGGAUGGAGACGACGUCAGUGCUGCUGACAUGGACAAUGAUCCUACUCAGCAUGCACCCGGAGUGGCAGGACCGAGCAAGGGAGGAAGUCCUGGGCCUGUUCGGCAAGAACAAACCCGAAUACGACGGCCUGAGCCGCCUCAAAAUCGUGACCAUGGUUCUUCACGAGGUCCUCCGGCUGUACCCGCCGGCCAUCGCGUUCAGCAGGAAGACGUACAAGGAGAUGGUGAUCGGGGACGCCACGUUCCCUGCCGGCGUGAUCCUAGAGCUGCCCGUGCUGUUCAUCCACCACGACCCCGAGAUCUGGGGAAGCGACGUGCACGAGUUCAGGCCGGAAAGGUUCGCGGAGGGGAUCUCCAGGGCGUCCAAGGAUAGGCUGGCGUUCUUCCCGUUCGGCUGGGGGCCGCGGAUCUGCAUCGGCCAGAACUUCGCGCUGCUCGAGGCUAAGAUGGCGCUGAGCAUGAUCCUUCAGAGCUUCGAGUUCGAGCUCGCGCCGUCGUAUACGCAUGCGCCCCAUACGGUGAUAAUGCUGCGGCCGAUGCAUGGUGCCCAGAUCAAGCUCAGAGCAAUAUGA